AUGGCUCAAUCCAAUCAUGACUCCAUUCGACCUUUCAAGGUCUCCAUCCCACAGUCGGAUCUCGAUGGCCUGCAAACUCGUCUUCGACUGACCAGAUGGCCGGACAAAGAGCCCGUUGACGACUGGUCCCAGGGUGUCCCAUUGGCUGUAAUUCAAGAUCUUUGCAAAUAUUGGCAAACUGAAUACGAUUGGCGAAGGUGCGAAGCCUUGCUUAACUCGUAUCCUCAGUUUACAACGACCAUUGAUAGAGUUGAGAUAUACUUCCUACAUAUCCAGUCAAAGCAUCAAAAUGCUACACCUCUCCUACUCACGCAUGGCUGGCCGGGCUCAGUCCUCGAGUUCAGGCAUGUGAUCGAGAAGCUUGUUGAUCCUGAAUCACAUGGGGGUUCCUCCAAAGACGCAUUUCACCUCAUCAUGCCAGCACUUCCUGGCUAUGGAUUUUCAGGAAAGCCAAAAGAGACUGGCUGGGGCCAUGAACGUACUGCUCGUGCAUGGGCAGAACUGAUGAGACGCCUGGGAUACAUGGAUAGCGAGUGGGUGGCUCAAGGCGGAGAUUGGGGAGCUUUUGUAGUCGCUAGCCUUGGCUACCAAGCUCCGAAAGGACUAAAAGGUAUUCAUUUCAACUCCAUCUACUUUGAAAACAAGAACGAAGUUCAAGUUCCAAUCAAGGAUACCAAGGCUGAGGAGAAAGCCAUGCGUCUGGAUAACUUCCGGGACACUGGUUUCAAAGGAUAUUCGCUGGAGCAGUCAACAAAACCCCAAACCAUAGGCUAUGGACUCGCAGACUCACCAGUUGGUCAAGCUGCCUGGAUUUAUGAAAAAUACCGAGACUGGACACACCAUGAUGGAGAUGUAGAGGCCUUGUUCAGUAAAGAUGAGAUGCUUGACACAAUCAUGCUGUACUGGCUCACCAAUUCCGGCACGUCAUCUGCUCGCUACUACUGGGAGUGUGCAUCCGCGACGACUGCAUGGGAAAUACAUAUCCCAGUUGGCGUGAGCUGGUUUGGUGGUGAUAACAGUUUUGCACCGAAGGAAUGGUGUGAGCGUUACUACAAGAAUAUUGUGCAUUGGAAUGAAUUACCGAGAGGUGGCCACUUUGCGGCUUGGGAGCAGCCCGAUGCGUUCGUUGCAGAGAUACGUGAGUGGCACAAACAGGUCAGGUAA